AUGAAUUUUAUCUCCUACAACAUCAGAGGUCUGGGGAGUGUCGCAAAACAAAGAGACGUCGGAGAAAUCAUCAAAAAACACAAAGCAGAGCUGUGCUUCAUUCAGGAAACGAAAUUGGAGAAGUUCCCAGAUUUUGUGUGCAGGGCUUGGUGGGGGACGAAUAAUUUCGAUUUGGCAGUCAGAAACUCAGAAGGAAGGUCUGGAGGCAUUGCCAGCAUUUGGAAUACCGACGUGUUUGCGGCUUCAAGCAAAUGGGAUCUGCCGGGAGUGGUGGUCGUGAAUGGGCUCUGGAAAAACGGUAAUAUUAGCUGUUGUUUCAUCAAUGUUUAUGCCCCUUCUAGUUGUUCUGAAAAACUUAGACUUUGGGAUGCUAUUGGGAACAUUGUUAAUCUUCACGCGGACUGUUGUGUGUGUGUUUUGGGGGAUUUCAACGCCGUCAGAAGACAGGAUGAAAGAGUGGGAUGUGGGGAAUUUUCGGGAGCGACUGAUGCUAAACGUUUUGAUGCUUUCAUUAGAGAGAGUGGUUUGACGGAAAUCAGAGUCCAAGGUAGAAAAUUUACUUGGUGCAAACCAAAUGGGAAGUGUAAAAGCAAAUUGGAUAGAUUCCUUGUCAACGAAACUUGGAUGAGGGUUUGGCCGGAGUCCAAUGGCCGCGGUAUUCAGAGAUCAAUCUCGGAUCAUUGCCCAAUUUUUCUUACAACAAAGACAGAGGACUGGGGUCCAAAACCUUUUCGGUUCAUCAAUGCAUGGGUCUCACACCCGGGGUUUAAACAGGUUGUGACAAAGGUGUGGUCGGAAACUGAAAUUCAAGGUUGGAAAUGCUUUGUGGUUACUGAGAAACUUAAAAAACUUAAAGCCGAGCUGAAGGAGUGGAACAAAGUUUCCUUUGGGAUCAUCGAUCACAGGAUUCAAGAGUUGAAAGACGAGCUUCAGGAAUGGGACUGCAAAGACGAAUCCAGUGGGCUGGUGGAAGCGGAAAUUGUGAGGAGAAAUGAAAUUUGUGCAAAUAUUUCCCUACAAAUGAAGGACAAGAUUAGUUUGCUGCAACAAAAAGCCAAAGGAAGUUGGCUCAAAGAGGGCGAUCUCAAUUCAGGCCUUUAUCACAGAGCGAUACAGGGAAGAAGAAAGAAAAACGAGAUCUCCGGGCUUCUAGUUGAGGACCAGUGGAUAUCAGACCCAACGACUGUGAAAAAGAUGGUUAAAGAUCACUUCGAGGCUUUUUUCAAGAAGAAGGAGCGUCAACUUCCUUUUUUCCCAGGUGACUUCAUGAAGAAGAAGUUGUCUUCAGAAGAGAGAAUGAGUUUGGUCCGAGAAUUCGAUGAAAGCGAGAUUAAGGAUGCAGUAUGGAAUUGUGAUGGAGACAAAAGUCCGGGUCCUGAUGGUUUAAUUUCACGUUUUGGAAGGCAACGUGGGAUAUUGUUAAGGAGGAUCUUGUUCAGGUAA